AACAAGCCCCGCUAGGUUUCGAGGACCCGGAUGAUCCCGCCCCCAGAGCAGAGCCGGAAGAGGGCGGGGCGAACCGGAAGACGGUGAAAUGCUUUCGGUAGGCGCUCCAUGGCUGUGAAGAUGGCGGCGGCUGCGUGGCUUCAGGUGCUGCCUGUCAUUCUUCUUCUUUUGGGGGCUCAGCCGUCCCCAUUGUCGCUCCUUGGUGUAGGACCGGCACCUGUCGCUGCUGCUGACCGAUCCAAGUGGCACAUUCCGAUACCGUCGGGGAAAAAUUAUUUUAGUUUUGGAAAGAUCCUGUUCAAAAAUACCACUAUCUUCCUGAAAUUUGAUGGAGAACCUUGUGAGGUAUCUUUGAAUAUAACCUGGUAUCUGAAAAGUGCUGAUUGUUACAAUGAAAUCUACAACUUCAAGGCAGAAGAAGUGGAGACAUAUUUGGAAAACCUUAAGGAAAAAAAAGGCUUGUCUGGGAAAUACCAGACAUCAUCAAAAUUGUUCCAGAACUGCAGUGAGCUCUUUAAAACACAGAGCUUUUCUGGGGAUUUUGUACAUCGAUUGCCUCUCUUAGGAGAAAAACAAGAGGCUAAGGAGAAUGGAACAAACCUUACUCUUACUGGAGACAAAACUGCAAUGCACGAUCCACUGAAAACUUGGCAAGAUGCACCAUACAUUUUUAUUGUACAUGUUGGCAUUUCAUCCUCAAAGGAAUCCUCAAAAGAAACUUCACUUAAUAGUCUUUUUACCAUGACUGUUGAAGUGAAGGGUCCGUAUGAAUACCUCACGCUUGAAGAAUAUCCAUUGAUGAUUUUUUUCAUGGUGAUGUGCAUCGUAUAUGUCCUGUUUGGUGUUCUGUGGCUGGCAUGGUCUGCCUGCUAUUGGAGAGAUCUCCUGAGAAUUCAGUUUUGGAUUGGUGCUGUCAUCUUCUUGGGAAUGCUUGAGAAAGCUGUCUUCUAUGCAGAAUUUCAGAAUAUUCGAUACAAAGGAGAAUCAGUUCAGGGCGCUCUGAUCCUUGCAGAGCUGCUAUCAGCAGUUAAACGCUCACUGGCUCGAACCCUGGUCAUCAUAGUCAGCCUCGGAUAUGGCAUAGUCAAGCCUCGACUUGGAGUCACUCUUCACAAAGUUGUGGUAGCAGGAGCCCUCUAUCUUUUGUUCUCUGGAAUGGAAGGGGUCCUCAGAGUUACUGGGUCUUUUUCUUAUCCCUUGGCUCUGAUAGGAAACCUGGCCCUCUCAUCAAUUGAUGCCUGUAUUAUUUUAUGGAUAUUUAUUAGCCUGACUCAAACAAUGAAGCUGUUAAAACUUCGGAGGAACAUUGUAAAACUCUCUUUGUACCGACAUUUUACCAACACACUUAUCUUGGCAGUGGCAGCAUCUAUUGUGUUUAUCAUCUGGACAACCAUGAAGUUCAGGAUAGUGACUUGUCAGUCGGAUUGGCGGGAGCUGUGGGUGGAUGAUGCCAUCUGGCGGUUGCUGUUCUCCAUGAUCCUAUUUGUCAUCAUGGUUCUCUGGCGACCAUCUGCAAACAACCAGAGGUUUGCCUUUUCACCAUUGUCUGAGGAAGAGGAAGAAGAUGAACAAAAAGAACCUAUGCUAAAAGAAAGCUUUGAAGGAAUGAAAAUGAGAAGUACCAAACAAGAACCAAAUGGAAAUAGUAAAGUAAACAAAGCACAGGAAGAUGAUUUGAAAUGGGUAGAAGAGAAUGUUCCUUCUUCUGUGACAGAUGUAGCACUUCCAGCCCUUCUGGAUUCAGAUGAGGAACGAAUGAUCACACACUUUGAAAGGUCCAAAAUGGAGUAAAGAAUGGGAAGAUGUGCAGUUGAAGAUGGGUAGUAACUCGGAAGAGAUCAGCUUCUGUGUCAAUCUUCUACACUCCUCCAUGGAAUUAAAGGAGGCAGUGAAACCUGAUCUAUUCCUUGACCUUUGUGCAUUGGAGCUGGUGAGAGGUGUCAGAACAAGGAGAACAUCUUACUGAAAACAAGUUCAUAGGACAAGAAAAAGCUACAAGUUUUUAUUUACAACAUUGAUGCCCCUUUCCCUCCCACACCCUGACAUGGAUGUUUAUGCAACUUAUGUGUGUUGUUCCUGAACCUUCUAUAACGUUUAAAUUGUUUAAUCUAUCAAACUAAAAAGUUUAACAUCUUCUAAAGAACUAUGACAUCAACGCCAUAAUAUGUAAUCUCCAGGAGCAACUGCCUAUAAUUUUUAUUUAUUUAGAGAGUUACAUAGGUGAUGGGGGAAAUUAUCAAUUACCUUUCCAUUUCCUGAAAAGCCAAGGUUACAUCUUACAGAGGUAAUUUUGAGAAAAAGAGUCCUGAGCUAAGGAGCCAUGGUUCUAUGGAUGAUUUAAAACAAAAACAAAAGAGUAUGUAAGAGAGAAGCAAACUGUUACAGUAUGAUUCAGAUCAUUUAAAAAAAAAUCAAGUGCAAUUUUGUUUACAAAUGGUGUAUAUUAAAGAUUUUUCUAUCUCAGAUGUACUUUAGAGAGAAAUAUUAGCUUAACUCUUGACAUCUGCUAUUGUGACACAUCCCAUUGCUGGCAAUGUGGUGCACACUCCAGAACUUUUAACUACUGUUUUGUAAGCCUCCAAGGGCGGUGGCAUUGCGGAGUCCUAGGCAGUGCUUUGUUUGCCUUCAUGCCAUUCACUGGGUGUUGCACUAGAUGCAGAGAGGCACUCCGUCUAAGUGCUUGUGAAUGAGUGCCCUGCUAAAGGAACUGUAAUGCUUAGGAAGCAGGAGCUAAUACAAAGGAAACAGGUCCUUCUGGCUUAAUUGAAACAGUUUUUCCUGCAUGAAGUAGCGUGGAGGCCCUGGACUGCUGCUCAUCCUUUAGGAUCGACUGUUCUUAUACCUGGUGUUGGUUUAGAGACUGUUUAUAAGAGACAUCACAAGGUGAUGGGAUUCAUUUGAAGCACUAUAUUUGUUUUAAUGGUUUUGUCCAAUUUUGCCUUCCCAAGAUUUUUGUUUUACGUAGAAAGUUCAUGCCACUUUUUAAUAUAAAAAAUUUUAACAAAAUUAA